UCCUUCGCGCUCGAACGCGAAACGUGCUCGUCAACCCUUCGUGCGAUUUCUCAAGUGGCGCGAUCAAGAUCGGUUGCCGACUUAACGAGGAUAUAUCCAGGCGAUGUAACUUUACAUGAAACCCCGUUAAUACUGAAGGGCAUGUUUCGCGCCGAAACAAGCCUAUGGCUGUUAGCCAUAUUCGUUAGUUUAGCCACAUGUAGUGAAUAUCCGGAACGUGAAUGUUGUGAUUUAACUACCACAGAAGACACAUCUACUGAGCCGUUACUUACUUCAUUGGCACCUAAACCAGGUUCAAACACGAAAGCCACGGUAGCUAUUCUCAACUGUAUAACCGCCCGACAGCUCUGCUUUAAUGAUAGCUCUUGCGCAGCUAUCCUUGAGAUCAUUCCGAGAGUAUGCGGACCAGAAGUUGUUGCGUGCUCAACAAUAACAGUUACAAAAUGCCAGGCGGCCCUCCGAACCCUGCAGGCAUUCCCUUUUUUUAAACCUACGUGUCUUUGUCGAGAACCCCACAUGGAUCCAGACUGUAACUCCUUCAGGGAUUUCUUGUUCGAUCAUCCCUGCGUGUUUGUUAAGGAAAAGGAAAAAGACCCUUAUCCAGUUGAAUCGUUGCCAACUUGUACCCACGCCCAUCAGGUUUGUCAACAGGAGCCAAGUUGCAUAAAAUUAUAUGAGGACUUUAAAACGCACUGCAAAGUUCGGGAUAAUAAGUGCAGGAUGGAAGACAGGGAACUCUGUUUCGAAUCAUGGACUGCACUACGUCGCUCCCCGAUAUUCGGCUGCAUCUGCCCAAACAAUCACAUGAAAAAAAGAUGCGACCGCAUGUUCAGCAUGGUAAACCAUAAUCCGUGCGUGGCAGCUAUUUCAGCUUGGGAUAACACGUCCGCCUCGUAUCUUGACGAAAUUGGCGAUAUUCUGCUUAAAAAUCCAUUAGUGGACUCGGCAAACGGUCAAGAAGCACACGCCGACUAUGACCAUAUUUCCAUUAACAUCUUAAAGAAUGACAGACUGAAAGGUCGAAAGUUCCACUACGCGUAUCCGGAAGAAGAGGAUACUCAUCCCAUUGACCAUCCCAAUCACCAUUUAGGGCCUUCAAGUAACUCAAUCGAGCAGGAUAAAGAAAAAUUAAUAUUCCAAAGCACGUGUCACAGUGCUAUGGACAACUGCAACAACAACUACCAAUGCCGGAUGCUUCUCGGGCCCAUUUUACACCACUGCGACAUCAACCGGUGCCAUAGGGAGCAUUGCAUGAAAGCCCUCCAAAACUUUUACAAACAGAAGAAUUUCCCGUGGAAUGUUGAGAUCGCGUUUUGUUUAUGCAAGAAAACGGACCGUAAACACGAUCCGUGCUUAAUAGCUCAGGAAAAGUUGCAUCCCCCGUGUGCUCAAAGAACCGAAGAAAUACCUCCGCCAACUUGUCUUCGUCUGGCAGAAACUUGUAAGGAGAAUAACGAAUGCAGGAUAAAACUAGAAUAUUUCGAACAAUCCUGCGCAGUGGACACGGUAACGAAAAAGUGCGCAGGCUCACCAUCGGAAUGCAGAAAGUCCAUCAUGGGUAUUUUGGGAACAGAUUUGAGAACCACCUGCGCAUGUAAGGGAACUGACGUGGGAAAUAUUUACGAGUGUUUGGGUUGGCAAAGACUGUUAUGGGUCAAUCCUUGUGUUGUCGAAGCGCAAAAACACUUUCACAUGAAGAAAGCGACGGAACAAAGCAGACACUCCACGCACACCCCGACUCGUCCUACAACCACAAGUACCACCACAUCAACGAGUACCACAUCAACCACCACAACCACAACCCCAUCAACAGUUCGUUUCGUUGCCGUUAGACCGACGACGACUGAGAUGCCUUUUAGAACUCCUAUGGCCACAGAAUUCUUACCACCACCUCAAGCUUUUGUGCCAACGUCUACUACAAUGGUCACCACUAUGUUGACUACGGUAACAACUAUGCGGACUCCUACGACUAAGAGGACUAGAGCGACUACGACUACUACCACAGCACCACCAAGAUCUUGUAUAGUGCAGAGACCGCAAUUUCCGGACCAAUUGAUCCGAGAGGGCAGUUUUAAAAGAAUAUACCAUGAAGACGAGUUUGAAUGUUCGGACAUCUGCGAGUGCGAGUUAGGAGAAAUACUCACCUGCCGCACCAUCUGCAUUGAUCGAAUGCCCUGCAAAACCGAGUUUGCGUUCUACAAUCACGCCGCUCCUGCAUACCAAGCGUUCAGGGGACGUUGUCUUUGCUAUUCGGGGAGAUUUAUUUGCAUGAAACCUUCGCCAACAGACUAUUCUUUACCCCAUGGGACAUUUUUGUUUUUGGGGUAUAGUGAGGUGGAUGAGCGGGAAUUGAAUAAGAAUCACACCACCCAUCUGGUGGUGAUACAGGAUGUGGCGAGAGUAUUGCAGGCUUUUAUUAGGGAGGAGGCUGAUAAAGGAAAUGGGACUUUAUGCACUCUGGAAUUCUUCAAUUCCACAAGGGAGAACGUGAUUCUGGUGGGCAGACUAUCAGAUGAAAUCGACACUUCAAAAAUGACUCCUUUGGAAAUAUGGCAUAGAGAAAAGGAGGAAUGCGCAGAAUACUUCGAACUAAUCACAGAAAGAGUAAACAACAGACACUCGGAAUUCCUAUCGCACGUUUUACUAUCGGUGUUCAAAAUGGCCGAAAUCGAAAUAGUGCCGAUGGAAACGUCAGCAGGUCCUAUUUCCUCCAACUCCUCACACCUUCUAACCGUUAUUUUUUUAUGUCUUACUAAACUAAUCCAAAUGAAUUUAACAAUUUCAUGACAAUAAGACUGAUGAGUACACAUAUCACUUAGCUUAGUAAUGGUGUCUUUGAAACACUGGCUAUAAAUUUAAACUAACUGUGUAUAUAUAAAUUGUUGUUGACUUUUAAUUGUUACUGUUAACAUAGACUGCAUUAGUCACCGACUGUCGUUUCAAAGGCAUUGCUCAGAUCUUUAGAUAUAUUUAUAAAAAAAGAAAAGAUGAAAUGGAAAACACGUUGUCUUUAUUUUGUUUUUUAUAGUUGAAUUGCUUUUAAUGUAGAGUUCUUAAAAUUGUCUUCCUUGUGGGUCUUAGUGUCCUGGGCGGGUCAGGGUGCAACGAUGCUUUAGCUGAAUUAAUUCGUAAGUGAUAUUUUUUAGAUCUUAUAGAUCUUGAACAAUGUAAGGGUAUUGAUAGAUUUAAGUUAGGUAAUUUAGGGAAAAAACGUUUUUGUCGUUACGUAUUUUGUUUAUAUUGUAUGGCUUAAAUAGUUUUGUCCUUAGAGUCACAAUGUUUAGGAUUUUUCUGAAAUCCUGUAGAUCUUUUAUGAUUUAAAGCAUGAAAUUUGGAUGAGUUGACCUUUUGAUUUUGUAAAAAACAAUUUCGAGUUUUUUCCAAUAAAUCCUUAAAUUUCAAUAUAUUUGGAAAUUUAGGAUUGACACUUAAUUUGUAUUGGAAAUUUUAAUAUUUUCCGAUAAAAAUUAUAGUUUUAAACUUAAAAAUAAAUAAAUUGUCAAGUUGUUACUUUGAAUUGUUAAUUGGAACCUUUUAGAAGAAUUUUUACAAUUGUCGCAAAUACUUUAUAAUCAAAGUUCAUCAAAUAUUUAAAUCAAUUCUGACGUGCCUUUAUAUUAAGAAAAUCGAAAAGAAAACUUCAAGAUAUUCCGGAAAUUUUGACAACAUUCUCAUCAAGUCCUCUAAUUUUCGAUGAAACUUUGUGAUUUUAGACUUUCCAUUAGGAAAAUUUUGAAGAAAUAUUGAAAUAUUUCACGAGAACUUACAGAUUUUUGCAAAGUUUGAAAUUGAAUUAAUUUACUAUAAAGAAUGCUGUAAAUGUGAAAAAUAUAUACAUAUUCCAUUUCCCCAGGUAUUCCCAUUGUAAAUCUGGUUCUAACUGAAGAAAUAUUUGUGGCACAAGAAUCUAUAGAUACAAAAUCCCUAGUUAGGAAAUGCUUUAACUUUAAAUGAAAACCCUAUAAAAAUGCCUAAAGUAAUUUACAAAUUAUUAGGAAGAGACAUUAAAUAUAUAAAAAAGUUUCUGAAAUAUGACUAUUAAGCAAAAAACAAAAUAUUCUUCUCUAAGGACAAAACUAUUAAGCAAAUUUUCCUUAUAAAUUAAUAAUUUCUGUUAGACGGUGAAAAAAUUAAUUAAUAUGCACUAGUAGUUCAAUAAUUGUCCGUAGAACACUGUGUCAUUUAUAUUGACAAUCAAAUAUAUAGGUGGUUGUUAGUGAGGGUUUGAGUAAAACUUAAUAUAAUAUAGUUUAUAAUAUAUAUAGCCUUGUGAACUUUUAAAUAUCUUAUAAGGUAUUUCGGAGUUGACGGUUAAUUAUUUUUUUAACAGGCAGACAUCGACAAGCUCUUAUAUAAAAUAAUAUAGAUUUUUACCGAAAUUGUAAAUACACAUAACCUGUACGAAUUAGCGUAUUUGCUCAAAAACUCCUUUUUUUUUACUUUAUACGCUUAAACCUUACACUUAGCAACAAAUCUUUAUUAGACCUUCACAGGUUAAAUGUCCAUACAAGACCCUUAUUAGGAAAUUUUAUUAGGAUAAUGUUAGAUUACGUAAAAAAUGCUGUUUUUUGUACCAGGAAUGACUGAGAAUGUUUACGUACCGCUCCGUUUUAAGAGUGCUGUUAUAAAUAAUGCAUAUCAUAGUCUACAUUUACAUAUCGAUUGUUGCACAUAUCGGCCCAGGAAUUUUGGGAUUUGAGUGAAACAAUGUUCUAAAAAGGUGGCACUCAAAUCACAAAAGGGAUUUUAAAUCGGCACGUUUUUACCCUGACUCGUAAACUAAAUACGAAAAGCUAUUAGAGUACCCUUGCUUAAAAGAUGUCAAGGCUUACUUGUAACAAAUACAUAUCAUUAAAAUAGCUUUAAUGUGAAAACACAAUGUUUAUAGAGUACACGAGCGUAUUUGUUGUAAGAGAUAAACAAAAAAAAAUUAUUGUAAAAGAUAUUUAAAUAUUUUUUUGCUACUUGACUUUACACUUUUAGAUAUAGGAUUUAGUCCAGCAAACGAUUUUUUCUGUUAAAUAAAAUAAAAAGCUUUUUGACCCUGUA